CUUUCUCUAUCUCUAUUUCUGUCUCUCUUUUCUUCUAUUUCUCUCCAUCACUACAUUGUUUCUGUGUUCACCUGUGUGUGUGGGGGGAAAAAAGAAAAGAAGAAGGCUGCUAUCUGUUUGUCCUUCCUCGCUCCUCUCCUCCCCCUGAAAAACUCACCCUCAGUGGAGACGCCGCUGGUUUUAAAGUGCUGCUCUUCAAGGAGAAUAUCUGAGACACAUUACAAUGCUUCAAAUAAGGGACCUCAUCUGGGGAUUGCUAUUCAUUGGCUGUGCAGCUGCCAUUCAGGUGCAAAUCACUCCAACACAAGGGGAGAUCAGCGUCGGAAAGUCCAAAUUUUUCCUCUGCGAAGUGCUUCCCACCAUCCGGGCCCGGCAGUCGGAGGUCAACGCUACAGCAGAUGUUGGCAGCUCUGCCUUGUUGGCUUGUGAUGCAGACGGAUUCCCCGAACCCACCGUUACCUGGGCUCACAACAACGUCGUCCUUGAAACGGGUGAUAAGUACAGCCUGAACGGGGACGGCUCAGAAUUGGAAAUAAGAGAUGUCAAGAAGGUGGAUGAAGGAGAUUACACUUGCAUCGCCAAGAACAAGGCAGGAGAGAAAUCCGAGGAAGUCAGCCUGAACGUGUUCGAUGCUCCAAAGAUCCUGGGUUCAGUGACGGUGUACACGUGGGAGGGAAACCCGGCCAACAUCAGCUGUGAGGUGGACGCUCAUCCAGGAGCUGAAGUGGUUUGGUUCAGAGACGGCCUCCAGCUGCCCAACGCCAACACCACCAACAUGAAGGUCUACAACACGCCCACCAUCAGCUACCUGGAGAUUACCCCUGAUUCUCAAAAUGACUUUGGCAGCUACAACUGCACAGCGACCAACGUGAUGGGCGCCGAAUCCAAGGAGUUCAUCCUCAUCCAAGCAGAGGUUCCAUCAUCGCCAGAAAUCCAACAAGUGGAACCUUUCUCCAGCACAGCGGUGGUGGAGUUCGAGGAGCCGGUCUCCAUGGGUGGAGUGCCCAUUAUCAAGUACAGAGUGGAAUGGCGUUCGCUGGGGCAGGAAUGGAGCGGCAGGGAGUACGACGCCGAGGACGAGACCUGACAUCUUGGCCAAGAGAAUCCAAAGACUCUUUCUCAGAGCUGUAAGUUUGGUCGUCGACUGAUUCAGAAGACAGCUCGCCCAGAACUCACAUCUAAAUGAAACAAAUGCAUGGCAGGCAAGAAAAGUUUAUUUAUAUAGCACUUUUCACAGAAAUGAACUCACAAAAUGCUUGACAGUAAAAUCGAUAAAAAAUAAUGCAUGUCAGAUAUUUGCUUCAGAGUAACCAAUCAGAGCCCCAUUGGAGACAACAGACUGUCUCCUUCCUCCACCAGAACCUGAUGAUACUCAUAAAGUUUUUAUUCUGAAGAAGAAGAGCUUCACUUUGACCUCCUGAACUUUCCCUAGUAGAACUUUCUACACAGGAAUGAAUUCAACACCUUUAAAUCCUGAAAUUAAGGAAAUCCAACAUCAGCGGUGUGGUGGACUCAGUCUGUAAAACCAGGUUGAUCAGGACCAGUACUGAAGAACACAUCAAGUCUGAAGUUUUUGUGGAGAAGCACACUGACAUGACACCACCUUCUGUUUCUGUCAAUGCAGUAAAAGAUGCAGAGAGACUUACUAUGCUGUGCAUAUAUCAUUCCUAAGUCCUGUUUUUCUCUGAUUAUUCAGUGUAUAUGCUUGGGUUCUUAGUUAUAUAAGAAUUUUACUUUCAUAUAUCCUGAAAAUCUGUAUCUGUAUGCACAUAAACUAUUUUUUGAUAUCUCCAGAACCAUAUGAGAUCCGCAUGUCAUGUCUGAUGUCAUUCUCGUUACGCUUAGUGAGAUUUUACGUCUUUCAUCAUCAUAGAUAUUUACCAAAUGGAUUUGUAUGUUUAAGUAAUCACCUCAAAUUCAGUUCUAAAGGUCUUUAUUCAAACCUCUCCUGGACAGUGAAGCUCAAGAUGCUGAUUUAAGUUUGGCUCCAAAACUUUUUGUAUUAAAGAAAAUCACUGGAAUGGAAUUUGUAACUUAGGGCUUAAAAAAAACUAUGGUUUAAGAUUUUGCAACUUGUACUUUUUAACGAAUAAAUUUGGGCUUCUUCUUCAACUUCUUUUUAAACAUGUUGUGACUACUUAUUGUCCAAGUAAUUUUUUUCAGUUCAAUCCAAUUUUAUUUAUAUUGGACAGUCUGAUGCACGAAUGGCUCUUGGAGGUUAACAUGGUCCAAUAAGGUCUUUAAGAUACGAUGGAACUAGUCUUUAACAGUUUCAUAUGUUAGAAGCAGGAGUUAAAAUUCUAUCCUGGAUUUGACAGGGAGGCAGUGGAGAGAAACUAAUCCAGCAGAAAUAUGAUUUCUUUUUCUGGCUGCAGCAUUUAGGAUCAACUGGAGGUUUAAUUGACACCCUGAUUAUCAGGAGUUACAAUAGUCUACCCUAGAAGUUCUAAACACUUGGACUAGUUUUCAGCAUGUCUGUUUGUUACAGCAUUGUUGUUGUUUACCGUUUGUUUGUUGUGUCAGUUCAUAAAUGUUUGUGUCUAAUUAUCAUCGCUUCUAUUGUAUUGUGUAUUUAUUUCUUUGGGUUUUUGUUGAUGAGACUGAAAUACAAACAGAUUUGAUAAUUUCUUGAUGUUCACCCUAAAAUAUUCCUUAUAAAGGUCUCUCAGAUGGACCAUUUAAAGCAUCUGAGUGCUGUCUCUCUAGUGGAACUCUACACUUUAUUCAGUUACAAUCAACAAGACUGAGUAGGAUCCUGCAUAGUGUGAAGGAAAUGUCUGCUCUACCACCUCAGAUGUAUUCUAAAUGUGUCCUUUCCUGCUGAAUUGUUCCUGAUAAAAUAUAAUUUUGUCCACCAUGAAGCUAAAGUACCAGGUAGCAAAAAAAAAAAAAAAGGAAAGAAAGAA